AUGGGCCUUGGCAGGUGGGCACUGAUUCUACUGUCCACUUUGCCGCUGCUGCUCGUUUCACUUCUGGCGCCGGUUCUAACCUCUGGCGCACUACUCGCUUUCUGCUUCUUGCAAGUACUUUGCCACACAUCUCUCGAAGUGGGGACUUCCCGUGGCUUCCUUUCCUUCGGUUUGCGCCUUGUGCUCGGCCUCACGCUCAACGCGUUCCUAACGGUCUUCCUGGCAGGCAGAGAUCUUAUCCUGGAAAGAGGCGGCAGAGGCGAGGACAAGGGCGGGGGCAUUGCCUUGCCACCAGCAGCCAUCGACGGCCGCGAGGAACUUGUGACCCAUACACCCAUCGCCACGCUGUCCGUGGUGGUGCCCUGUGCAAACGAGAGCGCUUGGAACGUGCAGCACACCGUGCAGGCCAUUUGGGAGGCCACGCCAGGGGCAGAGCUCUUGGAAAUACUUCUGGUGGACGAUGCUUCGAGGCCGAGCUUGGAGCGACAACUCUCCCGGGCUGUCUCCCGCAGUGCUUUGUUUCUCACCUCUCACCGUGCCCGUGUGCUUCGGAAUGCUGAGCCCCGCGGCCUGCUUCGCUCGAAGCAGAGAGGUGCGGAUGCGGCGAAAGGAGAAGCCAUUGUAUUCCUGGAUUGCCACGUCCGACCGAUGGAGCACUGGACUGAAGGCCUUUUGGAACACCUCAAUGCAGACUGGCGCCGGGUGGCUGUGCCCCUGAUGACGAACUUGGACCCCGACACUUGGCAGGAGCUACAGCCACACAAAGGUGGUCAGAAGAUGUGUUUGACAUGGGCUGCCGAUGCUUUCUGGUGCGAUGGAUGGCCUGGUGACGAGGUGCCUUUGCUGUCCGGUGGGUUGAUGGCACUGACCAGGCGCUGGUGGCGCCUUUCUGGUGGCUUGGGCCCGGUGGACGAAAGGAUGCAGGGCUGGGGUGGCGAGAACCUGGACCAGUCCUUGCGGACUUGGCUUUGCGGAGGUGAGAUCCGUGCUGCCGAAAACUCCCGGGUGGCCCACCUUUGGCGCGAUGGAGGGAAGACGGCCAAGGCCACGGCCCCUCGAUACCGAUUGUCAGAAGCACAAAUUCUUCGAAACCGGCUGCGGGCGGCUGAGGCCUGGAUGGGGCCCUGGGCUUCGAAGGUACGGAGCUUCGAAGAGUUUCAGGUGCUCGCCAAGCGCCGCCACGAGAGUUAUGAUUCGGAGCUUCAGCAGCUGCAACGGCGGUUGGGCUGUGCUCCCUUCGCCAACUACUUGGAGCGUUUCAGAGAGCUCUUCAGGCUCACGGGGCUGCUGCCUGAAAGCGUCUUCCACCUGCAGCUGGAGAGCUCAGAAGAGACGCGCUCGGAUUCGCUUUGCCUCAGCGUCGAUCCCUUCCAAAACUUCAAGCCCUUCUUGAGCCGCUGCAUCGCGGGCCAGGCCUUCCAGCGCUGGCAUCUCCUUGGAUCCGAGGCCUCGGGGACCUUCGCAGUGAAGCUUUGGAACUACGACGUGUGCCUGGCCUGGUACGGUGGGGACUUCCAGACCGGAAUGUGCUCCUUCUUCGAAAGAUCACGGUUCCAGGAGUUUGCAUUCCAGGAGGAGUUGAUCACAGUCCCAAGGUUGACGAAGGUUUCGCAAUGCUUAGCUGGAGCUCCGCACGAGCGUCGUGCCAAGCUUCGAUCCGAACGACGAGAGGGGCUUGAAGGGUCCGCGCCCCUCCUGGCAAGCACCGGGAUGGGCUCCUGGCGCCUCUCGGGAAAGUGGUGUCUGGUUCCACCACGAGAGGCGCAAGGCAAUGGGGACGUGGAGCUGUUCCUCUCUCCUUGCAGUGAGUUGGGGCCCAAAGAGCAAGCCACGUUGAAAGAGCUGGGCACCGGGAACGGGUUCUUGCGUCAGCUACGCAUUGCUGGUGACGGUCGAUGCUUGCAUGUGAAAGGCACCGGAAUGGUGGCAUCACAGUGCGCAGACUUUGUUAGCUUCUUCCGGGUGCAGGAAGGUCGGCCGCUAUGCGAGGGCGAGAAACCACAGCGAUGCCUGAGCAUGGAAGGUUCCGGCACUGGUCCUGGCAGUUUGGCUUUGGAGCCGUGUGAGCGCACCUCAGACGCCUUCGAAAGACAACUCUUCGUCCAGGAGCCAAGCCAAAGCUUUGGUUCCUUCUCUUUGCGCCAGGGCCAGGGCCGUCAGGGGCAUCGCUGUCUCAUAGGCCUUCCUCAGUCUGGAGAGCUGCAGUUGGUGCUGGCCGCCUGUGACAAAGCUUCUUCCCGGGGAGCUUGGGCUCAGACCAGAGAUGCAUUAGUAUGGACCCACAGGUCCACCGAUUCCCAGGCCCUCGACUCUUCGUGGGGUCUCACGGACCCACAAGAUGCGAGCCAUUGCCUCACUGCUGAGCGCUCGAAGGGAGGCUUCCGUCCUUGGGCCUUCCGCCCCGCCUUGCGCCCCUGUUUCUUCGAGGACUUCACUCAACGUUUUAGGGUCGGGAAUGGCAGCAUUUUCAUUCCCAGCCACGUGGCCAACCAAGGCCGAAGCCGUUUCCCUGCCCUCUGCCUCACAGCCAACUCGCGGAAGCGCAGCAUGCGGAGCAUGCGGAGCUCCGUGAGCUCCGAUCUGGAAUCCUGGAGGCUCCUCCGAGCGGAGCCCUGCUUUGAAGCCGGCAGUCGACAUCGCCCGAAACUUCACUGGCGGAAGCUUUACGAAGAGAUGCCUCUGGAGACGCGGCUUCUCGCGAAAAAUCGCGUGGCGUAG